AUGGACAUUGUUGGAGCACAUGAAGUGCAUCCUCAUUCCUGGCCUUAUGUGGCUGCUAUCCAGGACAAGAAUUUAGGUGUUUGUUGUGGAGGAGCUCUUCUGGAAAGGCAGUGGGUUUUGACAACAGUACCUUAUGAAUUUGAAUUAGAUGUGGACACUGUUCCUCUCAUUUUGAGCGACUUAGGCUCACAAACCCAGAAUGUCACUCAUGUCGUGUUCUGUGACAAGGAACCUUGUCCUUUUGACAAGUUAAAUGUGAGCAGAAGCAUCUCUUCCCCAGGAGCACAGCAGAUAUUUGGGAUUAUGGAAACCUUUCCUCAUUAUCAGUUUGACUGGCCUCCCUUUGAUAAUGGCAUAAUGCUCCUCAAGCUGAAUGAUACUGCCAAGCUGAAUAAAUAUGUGCAACUUUUGGCUCUGCCUGACUUUUUUGAAGAUGUUGAACCUGGCACACUCUGCCAGGUGGCUGGCUGGGGAGACACAUCACCAGGAAAGCCAUCAAAAUAUCUCCGUAAGACAACUCUUAAAAUUGUUAGUAGAAAAGCUGGAGAUUCAGGUGGGCCAUUAAUCUGUGCUGGCCAGUGCUGUGGGAUGGUUUCUUUUGGAGAAGAACGUGAAAAUAUAAGCAUACCUGGAGUUUAUACGCAGCUGACUGAAGAAUAUAUUGGCUGGAUAAAAAGAACAGUUAGACAGAUCUAUGAAACAAGAGCAUUUUAA